AUGUCAUCUGAAUCUACGCCUGUUGUUCCUAAUGAUGAAAACGAAUCUACAAAGCCGAAACGAUUACCACGAAGUGCUAAAAAACGUUUACGCUAUGAACGUAUUCGUCAACAACGUAAAGAAGCUCGUAAAAAGAAAAAGAAACAUACAUCCUCUAAUCAUCCUUCAUCAUUAGUGUUAUCAUCCAGUUCUACAGAUAUUUUAACCAACCAAAACAUAUCCGUUACUGGAAAAACAUUUAAACGUACUGCUAAUGAACGUUUAGCAGAAAUUAAUCGAGAAUCAACAGCACCUAUUAUUUGUAUUGAUUGUGCUUAUAAUGAAUCAAUGUCAAUUAAAGAAUUAGCUAGUCUUGCUCGUCAAAUUGGACGAUGUUAUAGUUCAAAUCGUCGAGCAAUAAAACCUGUUCAACUUAUACUAACCAAUUGGUCAAAUGAUAGUCCACUAGCAAAACAAUGUCAACGAGUUAACAAAGGUUUUGAUAAUUUUCAAAUAAUUCUCAGUGAUAAACCUAUUCAUGAAUCUCAUCCAAUUGAAUGUUUGAUUUAUUUAAGUCCAAAUGCUGAAAAACAAUUGACAGAAGUCAAUGAAGAAAAUAUAUAUGUAAUUGGUGGUCUUGUUGAUGAAAGUGUUAGAAAAAAUAUGACAUAUGGAAUAUGUCAAGAUAAAAAUAUUACUUGUUACAAAUUACCUAUUGAAACUUAUAUGGAACAUUCAAUUAAUGGUGGUACAUUUAAUCAAAUUCUUUCGAUUAAUCAAGGUAAAAUUGAUACACUUGUAAUUUCGGUAGCUGAUUUAAAAAGUCUUAGUCAAGAUCAAAUAAUGAUAUUUGAUAUUUUGCUUACAUAUAUGACAAUAAAAGAUUGGGGACAAGCAUUAAAAGAACAUAUACCUGAACGUAAAGGUUGGGUUAUUAAAAAUAAGCCAGAUUUAGAUGACAAAAAGAAAAUAGAUUUUGUUUAA